AUGAAAGGCGCCGGGGCCGGCGCGGCCUCGCCGGGGGACUACGUCUACUUCAAGUCCGUCUUCCCGCUCCACAAGAUCUCCAUUGGGUCAAAACUGUGGAGGUACUAUGACUUUGGACCCAAGGUUGUGCCGCCUCUUGUAUGCAUCCCAGGAAUUGCAGGAACGGCUGAUGUAUACUAUAAACAGAUCAUGUCCCUUUGUAUGAAGGGUUAUCGAGUAAUAUCUAUUGACGUUCCUCAAGUUUGGAAUCACCAUGAAUGGAUUCAUUCAUUUGAAAAGUUUUUGGACUCCAUGAAUAUCCAUCAUGUUCACAUUUAUGGUACAUCUCUUGGUGGAUUCCUAGCACAAAUAUUUGCUCAACACCGUCCAAGGAGAGUAAAGUCCUUGGUCCUGUCAAAUACUUUUCUUGAGACGCACAAGUUUGCUGCUGCCAUGCCUUGGUCUCCAGUUGUUAAUUGGACCCCUUCUUUUUUGCUGAAGCGGUACCUCUUGACAGGAAUCCGAGAUGGUCCCCAUGAACCAUUCAUCGCAGACUCAGUAGAUUUUGUUGUGGGUCAGGUGGAGACAUUGUCAAGAGAUGACCUUUCGUCAAGGUUGAUGUUAAAUGUUGAUGUUGCAUCCGUUGGGUCAUUAAUGUUUCCUGAUUCACUCAUCACUAUAAUGGAUACAAACGACUACUCUGCUGUUUCCCAGCAGUUGAAGGAACAGUUGAAUGAAAGGUACCCUGGUGCAAGGCGUGCUGUGCUGAAGACUGGUGGUGAUUUCCCCUUCCUGUCACGUCCAGACGAGGUUAAUCUGUACCUUCAGCUACAUUUGAGGCGAGUUGGUGUAGAACCGAGGUCAGAGCUGGUCCAAGGCUUCACCCGAAAUGGCAGUGCUGGGAGUUCAAAGGAUCAGAAAGAUGGAGGGGACAGCUUUGAUAAUAGUGGUGAGGACAAUGGCCACCAUGGUUCAGGUGGCAGUGAUCAUGACAGGCAGCAUUGUGGAUCAGAAUCACACAAUUCUGAUGAGCCAAUACCAACAAGCACAAUGCUUGCCAAUACUGUACUAGAACUGGUCAUGUAG